CUGGCAACGAGAGACGCCUGCAGGCCUCUCCUGCAACGGCCGCCGGGCCGAGGAGGAGGAGGAGGAGGGCGGGAUGUGGGGGAAGGCGGCCGCCGCGGCGGGAGAACCAGAGGGCUGAGCGGGCAGCCAAGAGCGCUCGCCUGCGCCCCGACGGAGCGUGCGGAGCCGCAGCGCGCGACCGGUGCAGGGGAGUCCCCAGAGCCCAGCAGAACCCGCUAUUACUUGAAAACUUGCAUAUCAUUAUGCUAAGAUGGAAUAAAUUCUAAAAUGGAAAAAAGGUUAGAGGUGCUGCAAGAACAAAUGAUAUCUAGAUCGGUCCCAUGUGAUACUGAGCUCCAAGAACUAAUGUAUCAAAUUGACAUAAUGGUAAGCAACAAGAAACUAGAAUGGGAAAAGAAGAUGCAGGCUUUAGAAGCAAGGAUGACUGUCCGGGAUCAAGAACUAGCAAAUGCCCAAAGCAAGUUAGACCAGAAAGGUCAAGAGGUCGGACUGCUAAGACAGAAGCUGGACAGCUUGCAAAAGACAAAACAUGAGAUGGCUCAGAACUAUGAUGAACAACUUCAAGCUUUGAAAACCCAAUUUGCCAGGCUGACACAGAGCUAUGAAAAACUGCAGCUGCAUCAGUUGAAACAAAACAAAGCUCAUGGCAAAGGAAAAUGUGCAGAAGAACCACCUUUUCAACUGAGCAGUUUAAACCAGAAAUUGGAAGAAUUUAAAGCAAAAUCUAGAGAAUGGGAUAAACAAGAAACACUAUAUCAAAACCAUCUAGUUUCCUUAGAUGCUCAACGAAAAUUGUUGUCUGAGAAAUGUAAUCUGUUUCAGAAACAAGCUCAGAAUUGUCAAAUCCAGAUAGGUUGUCAAAAGCUAAAAUGGAAAGAGGGUGGUACCUGCAGCCAGUGCAAAACAGAGCACCUCAGCCUUCAGCACAAUGUUUUUGCUGAGCCCACCGACAGGAAGGAACACUUUAUGGAAAAACUGAGGUCAACUGUGAGCGAAAUCGCAGUGAACAGGAACAGAUUGCAAGAGGAAAACCUAAAGCUUCAGCAGGAAGUGAAAAUGUACCAAAGGAAGUGCCAGAACAUUGAAGCCAGGCUUACAGAAGUGAAGAAUGAACUGCAGUCACGUGAAGAUCUCUUGAAUAUGGUUGAACUAGAAUGCCAACAGCUGUAUAAAGAAGUAGCCAAACUUGAAGAGUAUAAAAAUAAGGAAGAAAAUGAAGUGAAGCUUCGGUCAGCUUAUGCAAAAUGUAUCAUGGAGUUGGAAACCAAAAAAGCUCAGAUACUCGUCUUGGAACAACAGCAGGAAAAUCAACAGAAAGAGCUAAACCAGAUAAGGGACCGUCUUUAUCAGGAAGAGCAGUCUCAUCGCUCUGAGGUGGAAAGAAUGAAGACAGAAAUCUCUGGCCUGACAGAGGAGCUUCAUCGGAAGGAGAUCACUAUAGCAACUAUCACAGAGAAAGCUGCUCUUCUGGACAGGCAGUUACAAAUGGAGCUAGAGAUAAAAGAGAAAAUGUUGGGGAAACAGCAAACAAUAAAUUUGUCUGGAAAAGAACACAAGACCUGUACAGAUUCCACAGACACGCUAGAGCAUGAGAAUGAAAGGUUAUUCAGUGAACUUGUCAGAUUGCCAAAGGACACAGAAAUACCUUUGCUGGUGAAGUCUAUUACAUACUUUGGAACAAAUCGUGCCAACCAAGCCUCAGUAAAAAAUCAAGAAAAGGAAGAGAGACCUGUACAGAAUGAAGGUGAUUGGCCAGCUCAAUCUGCAAUAUAUGAAAACGUUGUGCGCUACAGGACCCGAAUUCCUGUCUGGCAAGGCCAAGGCGGUCUUGUCAGCAGUGAAAGCAGGGACAAUUGGCCUCCUCAGAGACCUAGCAGAGAUCGUGAACCUGUAGCAGAUGGUAGGUCUCCGUCACCACUAGAGGUGCAUACAACACGUUACAGCAGCUGCUUUCCUGAAAGGAAUAAAUCUGAUACACUACUGAGUCAUAUCAGUGUUGUGGAAGAAAGUCAGAUGCCUUCCCCAGGGACCCUGUUUCCUGCAACUGCAACAGAGAAGUUCCUACAAGAGGAAGAGAAGCGAGCGAGAGACUUUGAAAAGGUUUUAAACGCUCACAUUGAAGAACUGCAAAGGCAGUCAGAGAAAACCCUGAAGAAAUACGGCCGUCUCAAGCAAAGCCGACACAGAUGAUCCUGGAAAAGAAAGCUAACAAAAAUGUAGUGACAAUCCCAGGACCAAUCAUCAGCUACUAUUUUAAAAAAAAAAAAAAGAUUUGCCCACACAGGCCAUUGGCAAAGAAGUGUUUGUAACAGGAGAUUUUUUUUUUAAUAUAUAUAUAGUUUGGCUGUGGGUUUCAUUUCAAUAUAAAUUAGAAUAUUCCAUUUUGCAGAGUGUAUGAGGUCAAAACAUAUCUGGAAAUUAAAUAUGAACUCUUUUUAAAUCUGAAA